AUGGAAUGCCAGUUGCAAGAUUUGGGCUAUAAAGGGAAUAUGUUUACAUGGAGUAACCGGAGAAGGGAUCCUAAUUCAUUCAUAAAAGAGAGGUUGGAUAGAGCUGUGGCUAACCAUGAAUGGCUACAAAGAUGGGAACAUUAUCUGGUACAUCAUGUUAAAAUGAGUUCCUCUGACCAUAGUUGUAUUUAUGUGUUCUGGGAUCCUAGUCAAAUUCCUAGACGAAGGAGAACCACAAAGUUUAAGUAUGAUCCUGGAUGGGGUUGUACGGAGACUUGCAAGGAGUUGGUUCGGCAGCAUUGGGUUGUUAAACCUAUGAGGAGUAAUGGCCAUAAUGCUCUUUCACAUUUGAAGCAUAAUCUGGGCAGGUGUGGCCCGAUGAUUCAACAAUGGGUGGUGAAGGACAAGCAGAAACAGCAGAGUACUUUAAAGAAGCUCAAUGAAAAUCUUGAAAAUCUGAUUGCAGAAGAGAGUCAUGAGAAUCAGGAGGCCAUUUCCUCGGUCCGUAGUGAGGUGAAUCGUAUUAGAGAGGAUGAAGAAAAAGCAUUAAAGAAUUUGAGCAAGCAACAUUGGUUCAUGGCAGGGGCCCAAAAUACAAGCUUUUUUCACAGUAGUAUGAAGCAGCGCCGAUGA